UUCGGAGGGAGGGAAGUGGAGUUUGCGCGUCUUGUUGUGCGUCCGUGGACCAAACAGCAGCAGCGGUGCGCUUUUCCUCCUCCAGAGCCGCAGGCAUCCCGGGGAGCAGCCAGGCCGUGCACGCCUCGGACAUCGGGAGGAGGAUACUGAUUUUUUUUUUUCUUCUACUUCUUCUUCUUCAUUAGUGUUUUGACAGAUUGAGACAUACAUAUUUUGCAUUUCCCUCAUGGUAACCAAGACCGAGCAGCCGGAGACAUGUGGAAUAAUCUGGGCAAACUGCACCGCUUCUCACUAGUGUGUCUGCUCCUGACGCUGUGGGCUGAGGUGUGCCGGUCCACGGGUUACUUCGAGCUGCAGCUCAUUUCGGUGGAUAAUCCCAGAGGUCAGCUCCUGAACGGCGAGUGCUGCGACGCGGAAAAGAGCGCGGCGGAGGGCCACUGCGGCGCGGAUGAGUGCGACACCUACUUCAGAGUGUGUUUAAAGGAAUACCAAACGGAGGUCACGACCAACGGACCGUGCACCUACGGCUCGGAAACUACUAAGGUUAUCGGUGGGAAUACUUUUCAGUUCAAGGGCGGCCAGAAAACCGGACCGAACCGGAACAACGACGCCGGGAAGAUCAUUAUUCCCUUCCAGUUCGCAUGGCCGCGAGCGUACACGGUGAUAGUGGAGGCGUGGGACAGGGACAACGGCACACACAGCUCUGAUGAGGAGCUGCUGAUCGAGCGCAGCAUCCACAAAGGGAUGAUCAACCCUGGGGACGAGAAGCAGACGGUGGAGUCCAAAAGCUCGAUCGCCAGGCUGGAGUACACCAUCCGUGUGCGCUGCGACGAACACUAUUACGGCAGCAAGUGCAACAAAGUUUGCCGUCCCCGCGACGACUACUUUGGCCACUAUGUGUGUGAUCAGUUUGGAAACCGAGGCUGCAUGGAGGGCUGGACGGGGCCCGACUGCAAAACAGCCAUCUGCAAACAGGGGUGCAGCGUCUUGCACGGGACGUGCAGCGUGCCGGGGGAAUGCAAGUGUAACUAUGGCUGGCAGGGUCCGUUCUGUGACGAGUGUCUGCCGUACCCCGGCUGUGUUCACGGUACCUGUGAGGAGCCCUGGCAGUGCACCUGCGAGAAGAACUGGGGCGGUCUGCUCUGCGACAAAGAUCUGAAUUACUGCGGGACCAACAAGCCCUGUAAAAACGGAGGGACGUGCAUGAACACCGAGCCAGACGAGUACAACUGCGCCUGUCCAGAUGGCUACUCUGGCAAGAACUGUGAGAUUGCGGAGCACGCCUGUGUGUCCAACCCCUGUGCCAAUGGAGGGACAUGCCAUGAAGUCCCAUCAGGCUUUGAGUGUCACUGUCCAGCAGGCUGGUCCGGGCCGACCUGUGCUAAAGACACAGAUGAAUGCGCCUCCAGCCCCUGUGCUCAGGGCGGGACCUGCAUCGACAUGGAGAACGGCUUCAGAUGCCUCUGUCCUCCACAGUGGAUGGGAAAGACCUGCCAGAUAGACGUUUAUGAGUGUGCGGGGAUCAAGCCUUGCCUCAAUGCUUACUCUUGCAAAAACUUGAUUGGUGGAUAUCACUGUGCCUGCUUUCCUGGAUGGGUGGGCAAGAACUGUGACAUCAAUGUGAACAGCUGCCACGGACAGUGUCAGAAUGGAGGGACCUGCAAGGACGCAGCCAGAGGCUACCAGUGUGUUUGCCAGCCGGGAUUCGUGGGCCGGCACUGUGAGAUGCAGAGGAACCGCUGUGCCAGCAGUCCAUGUAAGAACGGAGGCCGCUGCCACGCCCUGCUGGACGGAUUCAUGUGUGAAUGCCCUCAAGGCUUCACUGGUACAACCUGUGAGGUGCAGAACGACCCGUGCAGCCCAAACCCGUGUCACAACAAGGCCCAGUGCCACAGUCUGAUGGGAGACUUCUACUGCAGCUGCCCAGAUGACUAUGAGGGCAAAACCUGCUCAGAGCUCAAGGACCACUGCAAAACUAACCACUGUCAAGUGAUUGACAGCUGCACAGUUGCCGUGGCAACCAACGACACUCAGAAGCGGGUCUGGCACAUCUCGUCAAACGUGUGCGGACCCCACGGUCGCUGCAUCAGCCUGCCUGCCGGCAACUUCAGCUGCUCCUGUGAGCCGGGAUUCACUGGCACCUACUGCCACGAGAACAUUAAUGACUGUGCGUCAUCCCCCUGUAAGAAUGGAGGCACUUGUAUCGAUGGGAUCAACUCCUUCCAGUGUUUCUGCCCAGACGGCUGGGAGGGCAGCCUGUGUGAUGUUGAUGUGAAUGAGUGCAGCAGGAACCCCUGUCAGAACGGAGGCAAGUGCGUCGACCUGCUCAACGACUUCUACUGCAACUGUGUAGACAACUGGAAAGGAAAGACGUGCCACUCACGUGAGAACCAGUGCGACUCCACUACCUGCAGCAAUGGAGGGACGUGUUACGACCACGGAGACUCCUUCCUGUGCAGCUGCCCCUCAGGCUGGGGUGGCAGCACCUGCAACACAGCCAAGAACAGCACAUGUGACUCGGGUCCCUGCGAGAAUGGAGGGACGUGUGUCGGGGGAGGAGACACCUUCACCUGCAUCUGCAAGGACGGCUGGGAAGGACCCACCUGUGCACAGAAUGUCGAUGACUGCAAUCCACAUCCAUGCUACAACGGCGGCACCUGUGUUGACGGCGUGAACUGGUUUCGUUGCGAAUGCGCCCCAGGAUUCGCCGGACCGGACUGCCGCAUCAACAUAGAUGAGUGUCAGUCAUCUCCUUGUGCUGAAGGUUCGACCUGCAUGGACGAGAUCAACGGCUACCGCUGUGUUUGUCCUCCGGGACGCGCUGGACCUCACUGUAAAGACUCCAUCGGACUCAGGAAGUCGUGUCGUCACGCGGGCCUGCAGUUUCCUCAUGGCAGCCGGUGGGAGGAGGAGUGUAACACCUGCCAGUGUGCCAACGGAUAUGUUCACUGUUCGAAGGUGAGGUGUGGUCGUCGGCCCUGUCUCCUCCCGAAGGCUCUUCCUCCCCCAGACACAAACCCUCCGUCCUGCCCCGGGGGUCACGAGUGUGUGGAGCAUCAGUUCCUCACCUGCUUCUCGCCGCCCUGCCACCAGUGGGGCGUGUGUUCGACGCCGGACCCGCCCACACCCCUGCACACCCAGUGCGAGCCCAACAGUGGUUAUCUGGACAACAGCUGUGCUCGCAUCACGCUCAUCUUCAAAAAGGACAAAGUGCCACAGGGCACCACUGUAGAGAACAUCUGCUCGGAGCUGAGGUACCUCCCUGUGACUCAGACACUGGCCAAAGAGCAAGCGCUGCUCAUCCUCUGUGACCUGUCCUACUCCAACAGCGACGCCGUGGAGGUCGCCAUGUCUUUCGAGCAGGACGGACGGUCAAAGGACAGUGAUCGCGGACAGAUCCAGAAGGCAGCCAGCGCCAUCAUCAGUGCUCUGUCCAAACGCCACAACAGCACCAUCAUGCUGGCUGUGGUGGAGGUCAAAGUGGAGACUCUGGUGAAAUCCCCCCCUGCUGGUUACCUGGUCCCGGUGCUGUGCGUGGUCUUCAGCAUCCUGUGGAUCUUCUGCAUCGUUGUUUGCGUUUGGUGGACGCGCAAGAGGAAGAAAGAGCGUGAGAGAGCGGCCCGAUCCGAGGACAGGACAGUCAACAACAAGCUGGAGCCACUGCGGAGCAACGCCCUCAAGGACAACCGCGACAAAGACAUUCAGUACGAAUGCAAGAAACUGAUGGGCCCCUCCGACAGGAUGUGUGACGGGGCCGAGGGCGAGGAGGACGGGGAGCGGGAAGGGGAGCAGGAGGAGGACGAGGAGAGGGUGCUGGGCAUAGGGGACAAGUGUCCACCUCAGAAGUGCUCCAUAGCGGGGGCGCAGGACAGGGGGAUGGUUGGAAAGGGAGGGGUCAUCUGCACGUCGCGCAGCGGUCCAGUGAAGGCACCACACCGGACAGCGUACAGCCCCAAGGACAACCGCUGUAAAAACCUGAAUGCCGCCAAGCUCAGCGAGGACAUUAACGACCAUUAUGUGUGAACACGUCGGAGGACGAGGGACCUUCCUGAAUCAAAGAAAAAAACUGCAAUGUCUUCAGUGUCACUGACUUUUCAACUCUUAAAAGCACCAAAAGUGAAGAUUACAGAUGCUUUAAUUUUUGUAUUUUUGUUUGUUACUCCUUAUUUAACUUUGCUUUCUGCAGCACGGAGGCUUAUUUUACCAAAAACCAACGAAAAAUACAGAAAAACAACCAAAAAAAAAAAAAAAACAAUAUGGAAAAUAAACAUCACAGCUUCUGGAUUUCAGUUUAAUCGUCACACUGUUGGAAUCAAGAAGAAUUUUUUUUUCACUGUACUGAUUUUUUUUAAUGUUUACAAACUGUUUCUGUUUAGCUUCAUGAGGACUAACGCUCAUCUUUCUUUCUUUUGAACCUUGGAGAUUUAACCGAACGACAUUUGCUGGCAGCUGUUAAUGUCGUUUCUUCUGUUUGGUGCAUUCGGUUCCUGCCUGUCUGCCUUAGCCCAGACCUGUGGGCCUUUUCUACACUUGUCUUGUUAUCGUGUCUUUUUAUAAAAAAAAAAAAAGAAUACUAAAAAAAAGUUUUAUAUGCAUCUAAG